UCCUUCUCCUUACUUCCAGCUGAGUGAGCUUUAAGCAGAAUUUCUCAAAACCCUAGAUCACAUGCUAAAAAAUCCCCAAUUGAAAACCCAAAUCCUAGUAUUUUGCAAUGAUAAGAAGAAGACUCCCUUCGAUAACCUCUAUUUGUUCUCAGUUCCUAAAGACCAAACCCAUCUCCAGUCCAUCACAAAACCUCCAUUUCCAUUCCCUGCAAUCCCCUAAAUGUUCCGACCCCAUUAACAGAAAUGGAUCAUUUUGGUUUCAGGGUAUUAGAGCUUAUAGUCUUUUGAGCUUGAACGAUCUGAGAGACAAUGUUCCCAGAAAGAAGAAGACGAGGAAAGGGAGAGGUAUUGGGUCCGGGAAAGGGAAGACCGCCGGUAGAGGACAUAAAGGACAGAAGGCUAGAGGUAAUGGCAAGUUGGGAUUCGAAGGAGGCCAGACUCCGAUGCGGCGUCGCUUGCCUAAACGCGGCUUUAAGAACCCUUUUAGCCUCACUUUUCAGCCAGUAGGAUUGGGAAAGAUAGCCAAACUAAUAAAUGCUGGGAAGAUUGAUUCUCAUGAAUUGAUCACCAUGAAGACUCUCAAGGAUGUCGAGGCCAUCGGGAAACAGAUAGAGGACGGAGUAAGGUUGAUGGGUCGUGGUUCCGAACAGAUCAAGUGGCCGAUUCAUCUGGAGGUGUCGAGGGUGACUGUUAGAGCAAAGGAAGCAGUUGAAGCUGCAGGUGGAUCUGUGAGGAGAGUGCAUUAUAACAAAUUAGGGUUGAGAGCUCUCCUCAAACCCGAGUGGUUCAAAAAGAAGGGCAGGUUGCUGCCGAAACCAGCCAGGCCUCCUCCGAAGUUGAAGGAUAAAGUUGACAGCAUAGGACGCCUUCCGGCUCCAACGAAACCCAUCCCGAUUUUCGCCGAAGAGCAGCCGGUCUCCUCUCCGGCUUAGUAGACUGAUGAUCGGUUUGUUCGUUCAACCACCGAAUUGUUACUCAUAAUGAGUUAUUAUGCAAUCGGAUUUUAUUUUUCGACACUCGAUAGUUCUCAGGCUUUCCAUGUUUCGGAGGGAAAUAAUCAAAUAUAUUCCAAUCAUUUUCCAUGCAAGAAAUAAUUUAUAACUACGCUCUUUGCACUUGGUUUGAUCCACUUCAAUCAGCCUUUCUAAGUUCACGUGUUUAAAUAAUU